CAUGAGAGUUGAUUUUUGAGAUAGAAUUUUUGGUUAGAGAGAGAAAGAAGAGAGAGGAGCUGAAGGAAGGAGAAGCGGAGGAGGAGCUAGAAGACCCCCUUCCCCACUUUCUUCUUUGUAUCUUCUUCCCUACCCUAUGGAGUAGUCCUCUAAGGUAUAGGGGUUCUAAACCCACCCUAGUUCUAGGUUUACUAUGUAAUGAAUGGAUAUUUAAGGGUAUUAAUGAGUGAAAUUGAAUGUGUUUAUCUAGUUGAUUUCAUUGCUUCUCUAGCUUUAAUUGUAUUUGGGUAAGUCGCCAUAAUCUUCUCUACUAGCCUACUUGAGCUUCUACGCUGGGUAUGGAGUUUUAGGGUUAGACGGUUAUGCGCCAUCAAGCAAAUUAGGGUUAGAUUAAUGAAUAGGAUCUUAUGUUGGACGAGGCGACCGUACCCCUGCUAUAAGAAUGCCUUCCUAGAUAGAACCCGAAAUGAAACCUCGGUGUGGACGGUGGGUAGUACCCAUUGAAAGGAGCUAUGUUCUUGAAGUCCCAGAUACGAUAGCCUAGUUCGAGGUGACUGACAUGGGUUUAGGGGAGACAUACUCAAAGGGGUGUAUAUAACCACGAAAUCCCAUGGAAAAAAGCUCACUGUUUUUGUUGUGUUUUGUGUUUGUAAUGUCGUGUUUUUACUCGUAUUCUUCUUUCUUUUGUUAUGUUCUCUUUUGUUAUUUUGUGUUAAGUGUUUGUUCACUUUUUGUUUUCUUUUCUUUUUACACUUGUGCUUUCAUAGGUUGUUCUUGUUUUUUGUGAAUAUAGAUAGUAUUUAGGUGUAGCUAUGUAUCGGUAUGUUUGGCAUGAGAAGUAGGGAGAGCACCAACCGCCAAAUUGGUGUUAUCUUGAAGCUUCUAGUAGUGGUGCUAGCCAAGGAUCCGAUUACGAAGAACAACCACCUCUCUAUGCCUAUAAACGGUACCCCAUGAUUACCAAGCAUCUCCACCAUAAUACCAAUAACCACCUCCACAAACUAUGGUGAAGACCGAGUUGGAGAUGGCCAUUGAGCGACUUACGGCAGGUAUGCCAUAUCUAGAAGGCCUUGUGACAACUCAUUCAACUCCAUCCCCAAAACCAAAGAGCCUCUUGGAGCUCGAGUUACAAAGACUCAUGGCCGGGAGUGGGAUUUCACUUCAUCAUUCACCACCACCUACACCAAAAAGUCUCGGAGAGUUAGCAUUUGAGCGCUACAACAUCCCAAUGGAGUGCCUAGAUGCUAGCGAUUCCAAACUUCCUACGGGUUGAUUUCGGAUAAAAGAUGUUAAACAAGAGGAAUGGUGGCUCCAAGAGGUGGGGAUCGUAGGGACAUCUUGCAUCAAGGGAAGUCCCGACCCUUCUUGAUGCAAUAUCGACUAGCGCGAGUCUCCACUUCAACAAGUUACAUAUUCUACAAAAGCUUUCCACCCAACUUUGAUGCACUCUUCGAAAAGGAUCCUUUUGAGGGUUCUCUUUGCCAAGAUGAGGCUGAGGCAUCAUCAAUCCCUCUUGGUGGAUCAGGUGAUGAUCCUUCAAGAAUGCUUGUUUUGGUUCGAGGCAAAGAGAAGCAAAGAAAAUUUGAAGAAAGUUUCAUUGGAGGUGUCUAAAGCAUUCUUAUCUACAUGAGCCUUCACCUAAUGAUUGGGAAACCGAUCAAGACUUGAGACUCCACUUAACAAUGAAAACCUCAAAUUUAAGGAGGUCUUGAGUUGGACUGAGUACUUGAAGAUAACGGUCCGGUGAAACGACCUAAGGGACAUGCUAGUUGGGAGGCACCCCAACAUCGGUUUGCAUUUUCUUUUCCUUUACCUUUCAAUAUAGAACUUGCAUGUUUGAAUUUUGUUUUUAGGUUAGUUUCUAGUUUAAAUAAUAGUGAAUGAGCAUACCUUAGUUAAGAAUGAGUUCUAAUAGACUAAGGUGAAGAAAAAAUUACGGAACGUUGAUGUGUUGUUGUGUGUUGCAUGUUUAUGAAUGAAUGUAUGUGGUUUGGAGGCCUUGGUGGGCAAGAAUUGAAUGAAUCUAGAUGAUUUGAUUGUCGUCCACCAAGUGCUCGAGGAAAUGCCCAAACCACAUAAUUUGUGCUUGUAAUGUUUGAUGCAUGCCAAAUGAACCUUAAUGCUUAUGUUAGACCCCUAGAAGCAUGUUUGAGGGAUAGUUUUGAAUCUUGAUCGAUUGGUAUAAGGUGUAUGGCCCUUUUUCUCAAGAAAGCUUACUGCUUUGAUAUGUUUUUUGAGCAAUUGGUUCAUACCCCUACCUUAGUCGUUUAGGUUGUUUAUUGCCUUGGGCAAUGACAUUAAAACCCCUAGAUUGACAUGUUGUCAAUUAAAUCAAUCAAUCAAGAUUGUUAACUACCUAAUUCGACAUUGUUUUUCCCUUUGCAAUCUUGUUUUACAUAGUAACCAUCAAGUGUGGGGGUGCAAAAGAUUUGAUCCUAGGGAUGAUGAGAAGUGUUCAAUGCAUUCUUUGAUUAUUGAUUAUUUAGGCAUGGAUGGGUAUGAAUCGUUUUAGUGUGUAAAGGAACCUUUAUAAGGGUUGAUCCUUUGAAGAGGAGAGGUUUCCAAUGCUAUUCCACCGGAGGUGGUAAAAACUUUAAGUUUCCAAUCAAUGGAGAGACCAGACCACUUGAAACUCCACACAACGAUUCGAGCCUCAUGCACCAAUACACCAUGAGCAAGAACUCCAACAACAACUAGAAUUAUCACCUAGAGGUCGAGAGAUCAAGCCCAAAAGGCAAUUUCUCAACUUUGGGAGGAUAUCAACCCACCCACCCUACCCUUCGAUCUGACAAUCACUUCGACUAAGCAUUUUGGUAACGUUCUUCUAUCCUCUUACCCUUGUCACAUCGAGGAAAUGUGUUCCUUUAGUGUGUGUGCCGGGGGGGGGGGGGGAUUGUGCAUAAAUGCUUGUGUGGAAUGUUAUUAGAAAUUGAACUCUCUUAUGCGAUUAAUGUUUGAAUGCUUGAUCGAGAGAGAUGUGCUUUUAGAGUGAUUGUGGACGAUGACUUACCAUUUUUCAACCACUUGGAGCCUUGUAUGCAUGCCCAACUUAUUUCAAAUUUGAGGGCUCCAAGUUGGUCCCUUUUUGCAUUCUUCCUACUCAUUAUGAUUUGAAUUGUUAUAUAAUUGAUGAGUUGUGUUCGAUAUGGAGUAAUUGCAUGAUUAGAGUACCUAUGUAUGAGGGAUUUUACUCUCUUCUUCCUCUUUGGUGAGUCGAUAAUGUUUGCUAUUUUGGGAAGAACAUGUGUGCAGGACUCUCCACCACUUUUGAACUCGAAACCUUUGCAAAUAUGUGCUUAACUUGUCAGGAAAAAAUAAAUAAACAAAGAGCCUCUCACGUGAGAGGCAACUGAGCAUAGUGUUUGAGAUAAACCGGAUCAGAGUGC